CGUCUGCUCGAGGUAGGAAAGUGAAGAGCAGGGGGUCAGAGGCACAGAACUCCUGGCGAGGCUCCUCCCGCGCGGUCCUGCUCCUGCUGCGGUCGCCGCAGCCCUACAGGACUCGCAAACUUACUGUCUCCCUUUCCUUAGGAGUUUCCUUCUUUCUGGUUUCUCCUCCUGCCUCCCCACUUCCAAUCCCGUCAACCUUAUCACGUUAGACAGCUUAUGCUGCUUUUAGCACUUUUCCUUUUCUUUUUUGGUGAUUCAGGGGUCGUGACAGCCCGGAGCUCCCACCACUACAGCUGAAUUCCACUUUUGUUUUCAUUUCUCCCUCGCUUUCUCCUUAUCUGAUUGCGCUUCAAAGUCUGAUGCUUCUGCCAGAAGGAGAGGAAUAAAUAGAUGCUACUGUCCCCGAAGGCUUAGACGUCGGGAAAGGCAGUCCCGGGUAGGGGCGGCGGCUGGGCUCGGCGAAGCUCGUGGGACCCCAUUGGGGGAAUUUGAUCCAAGAGCUGUGAGAUUGCCGGGGGAGGAGAAGCUCCCAGAUCAUUGUGUCGGCUUCCAGGGGGGAGGAGGAGACAGCGGAGCCGGCGCUCGCGCUCACUGCACUGCUGCACCCUGCCCCAUCCUGCCGGAAUCAUGGUCUCGGGCAGCGCGGGAGGGAUGCUGCUGCUGGCCGCGGCGGCGCUCUGCCUGCUGCGGGUGCCGGGAGCCCGAGCUGCAGCCUGCGAGCCCGUCCCCAUCCCCCUGUGCAAGUCCCUGCCCUGGAACAUGACCAAGAUGCCCAACCACCUGCACCACAGCACCCAGGCCAACGCCAUCCUGGCCAUCGAGCAGUUCGAAGGUCUUCUGGGCACCCACUGCAGCCCCGAUCUGCUCUUCUUCCUCUGUGCCAUGUACGCGCCCAUCUGCACUAUUGACUUCCAGCACGAGCCCAUCAAGCCCUGCAAGUCUGUGUGCGAGCGGGCCCGGCAGGGCUGCGAGCCCAUCCUCAUCAAGUACCGCCACUCGUGGCCGGAGAGCCUGGCGUGCGAGGAGCUGCCGGUGUACGAUCGGGGCGUGUGCAUCUCUCCGGAGGCCAUCGUGACCGCGGACGGAGCGGAUUUUCCUAUGGAUUCUGGCAAUGGAAACUGUAGAGGGGCAAGCAGUGAACGCUGCAAAUGUAAGCCCAUUAGAGCCACUCAGAAGACCUACUUCCGGAACAAUUACAACUAUGUCAUUCGGGCUAAAGUUAAAGAGGUGAAGACUAAGUGCCAUGAUGUGACUGCAGUAGUGGAGGUGAAAGACAUUCUAAAGUCUUCUCUGGUCAACAUUCCAAGGGAUACUGUCAACCUUUACACCAGUUCUGGCUGCCUCUGCCCUCCGCUUAAUGUUAAUGAAGAGUAUAUCAUCAUGGGCUAUGAAGAUGAGGAACGCUCUAGAUUACUUUUGGUGGAAGGCUCUAUAGCUGAGAAAUGGAAGGAUCGGCUUGGUAAAAAAGUUAAGCGCUGGGACAUGAAGCUCCGCCAUCUUGGAUUGAGUAAAACUGAUUCUAGCAUUAGCGAUUCCACUCAGAACCAGAAGUCUGGCAGGAACUCUAACCCCCGGCAAGCCCGCAACUAAAUCCUGAAAUGCGAGAAGUAACACCAGUGGACUUCCUAGAAAAACCUGCAAUGCUGGACUAGCAAAGGAAAUUGCACUAUUGCACGUCAUAUUCUAUUGUUUACUACAAAAAUCAUGUGGUAACUGAUAUUACUUCUGUUUUCUUUUUCGUUCUCUGCUUUUCCCUCCUUCCACUCCACUGCUUCCCUGUCUUUUUUUAUGGCCUGGGAGCAAGGCAAAUCCUUAAAUAUAUUAUAUAUUUUCUAUUUCACUAAUCAUGGGAAAGCUGUUCUUUUGCAACAAUAAUAAAUUAAACAUGUCGAUAUGUUGAUACCAGAGCCUUUUCACUGGUUUCCCUAGAUGUUACCUUACUGUGCUAUACCCGGGCUGGGAUUGCAAUGUUGGAUGCAGAGAUUUCUGGAAUAGGCAGAAAACUAGAUAAUGCUGUAAAACAUACACUGUUGAUCUAAUUAUAGCCUCCUUUUUGUAUGCCUUUUGGGCAUUCUCCUCAUGCUUAGAAAGCUCUUAAUGUUUACAAAGGUAAAAUGACUGUUUGAAAUCAAAUGCUGCAUAGGCAGAGCAAUCAAGCACCAGGAAGCAUUUAUGAGGAAACGACACACACGAUGAAUUAUUUUUGAGAUUGGCAGGAAGCAAAAUAAAUAGCGUUAAGAGUAAAGGAAAGAACAUUUUGCCCGAUUGAGAAGCAUAACUGAAACCAGUAGCUGUUGGGAUAUUAACAGUAGCAUUCCUCUUUUGGCAAUUUGUUUGAUUUGGUUUUGAAUGUAUUAAUCAGCAUGAAGGAAAUGAAUUAUAACUAGGCAUCUGCUGUUAUCACCAUAGUUCUGUUUAAUUUGCUUCCUUUUAAAUAAACCCAUUGGCGGAAGUCUUUUUCCCCCACCCUUCUUCUUUUAAAAUAAAUUGAACUUGCUAUAUUGAACAGAAAAAGAAUGUAUGCAUGUGCACCAGGGUGUUAUUUUUUAAGUUACUAGCUCUAUAAAAUGCUGUGCUUUACGGGAUGAUGAAAUGUGCAACGUUUUUGGUUUGGUUGGUUUUUGGUGUGUGCAUGUGUAUGUGUAUUUGAGUACAUCUCUGCACUUAUACCCAAAGUGAACUAAAUUGUAGGCCUGUGCACUGGCCUGCACUUUAUCGUUUGGAUUUAAUGGUCAUUUCUAUUUUUUUUUAGAAAGUCUAAUAAAGGAAUUAUGGUUGUCAGGAGAGAAGUUAUUCUGAGUUUUGAGCCAAAUGCACAUGCUCACUACCCAUGCUGCAGGGAGGUCCUCAAGAACCAAAGGAAACAACACUGUGUUUGUUCCUUUAAAAGCCUGUGCCAAUCACUCAAAGUCUUCUAUCCUGAAAUUUACAUGUGCAAUAUGAGUAGCACCAAGUUUCUUAGUUAUCAUGUGCCAAAAAUAAAAUGCAAACAAAUGGUGGUGUUUUCUCCUAUAAGGAUAUUCAUACAAGGCAGAAAUUUAUUCCAGAACAAGUAUUUAUAAAAUAAUAAAUAAUAAUUUAUCUAAUGUCUCUCUUUCAGAAGUCAGGGAAUAUUUCUACCUCUGCUUGACCUCUAAUCUCUAAAUUUUUCCAAUCCCAGAAGAAAGAGUUUCCACCAUUGCCUAUAUAAGGACUGUAUAGUCUUUUUUUUUUA